AUGAAGUUUAUAGAGUUGAAGCUUAUACAGGCUAUGGAAUGUGCUGAUCUUUCAAACUUGGGCUAUGAAGCUGAGAGAAUGAUCAAAGCUGGUUUUAACUCUCUACACAUUGACAUCAGUGAUGGGCACUUUGUCGAUAAUAUUACUGUUGGACCUUCAGUCGUCGAAAGUUUAUGGAAGCGCACCAAAGCAAAUCUGGAGUGCCACCUUAUGGUUACAGAUCCUCUUCGUUAUGUGGAACCUCUUGCAAAAGCCGUGGCAUCAGGUUUUACUUUUCAUAUUGAGGCAUCAAAAGGUAAUUGGCGUGAGCUAGUUCGGAAAAUUAAGGCGAAGGGCAUGAGGCCUGCUGUGGCACUAAAGGCUGAAACUCCAGUUGAAGAAGUUUUUCCACUGGUUGAAGAUGAUGAAUAUCCAGUUGACAUGGUCCUUAUCAUGACAGUGGAACAUGGAUUUGGCAAAGGUGAAUCAUUUAUGCCUAAGAUGUGCAGGGCUUUCUUUGCUACGACAGCCUCGGAAGGGCUUUCUUUGAUGCCCAGAUGUAGCAGCGUUUGUCCUCCGGGGAAAGCGCUGGUUCUGGGGAAAGUUUUUCAAGUUUUCUUCAAAAGGAACAUAGGAGAAUGA